UAAGGUCUCACAUAUGAAGUUAGAUUUCUUCAUUAGCCUUUCUUUAGCUACCUCUGGUUACAACCUCAUCACUCAGAGACAAACCAUUUUCAUUCUCCUUUUGUCAAUUAUUUCAAGCCAUAUGCCAGUUUUAUUGCUCUUCCUGCUAAUCAAUGCCAUCCCCUAUUAAAAUGAAGUAUCUAAAAAUAGCAGUAUGUAAUAAGAAGCAUACUGUCUGAGUCAUAGACAAAUAAAGUAAUAAUAAGUAAAGUAAUAAUAAUAGGGAAGACAAAAAAGGGAAAAUAAAAAAUAUCUGCUUUGAAGUGCUUUUAUUUUUAAAAGAUCUUCCCGGAAGUUGUGACCCUGUCUUUUUCGUCUUGACGACGGCGCAGUAAUUCAGAGCCAGGGUUAUAGGAAUUAUGUGAACCGGAGCCGAUAAAUUCAGUCCGUGGAAAUGACUCAACGAUCUUUUAUCGCAAUGGAUUGUUGGUAAUAGCGGAUUUUGGGACGCCGCUGUUCACUUGUGCCUUUAGGAAUCACUACAAUGACGGAGUCUAAGCCUCCUACUGGGAGGGUAAUGAAGACACGCGCCCCACCUCCUCCUCCUUUGGCCCCUCAACCAGCUCCACGCCACAUCUUCAGAAACUCUGUACUGGAUGGGGGAGGGCCAUCAGCCAUUGAUGCCAAAGACAACACAGCAAAGCCUUAUGUGGAUUUCCAGCUGACCCUACCUCAGGGGCACCAGUUUUCUGUGACAGAAGAUGGAAGUAAAGCUCUGAUGGACCUGCUGGUCGAGCUCUGCAGUCGUCAUCACUUCAACCCGGCUCUUUACACCCUGGAGCUCUGGUCGCCUGAGGGCCUCCUUUUGCCAUACAAGCCCAACGCGCUUCUUUGCUCCCUGAAUGUGGCCUGUGUCCUUAUCAAGGAGAAAGUGGCGGAAGAGAAAGUGGGGCGCAGACCAGCACCUAAAGUGCCAGAGAAAACGGUGCGUUUGAUGGUGAACUACCACGUCAAUCAGAAAGCGGUGGUGCGGGUCAACCCCCUGGUUGCGCUCCAAACUCUGAUCCCGACCAUCUGUAGUAAGUGCGAGUUAGAGCCCUCCCACGUCCUGCUCUUGAAGGACAGCGUCAGUCAUCACGAGCUCCCGCUGGACAAAUCUUUGACUGAGUUGGGGAUCAAGGAGCUGUACGUGCACGAUCAGAGCCUAGUUUUCCAGCCUAAAAUGGCUUCUGCCCCUGUCCUUAACUUCUCAGAUCCCAUUAGCUCCUCGGCCGCCAGUUUGGGAGCACAACAGAAGAAAAGCCUGUUAGGGAUUCUCCAGUUCGGCAGGAGGAAGUCAAAGGAUCAGUCUUCCUUGUCAGGUGUUUCCACCACAGAGGAUCAUCCUGGCAUUUUGGGAAAAUCCCAAUCCGUUACUUAUAUUCACACAAUGUCUCCCAAGACUGAGACCAAGAAGAGAAGGGCGCCACCACCUCCUGCUGCUCCACCCCCCACCACGAUACAUGCAAGCUCUGAACAGUCCCAGGUGGGCCUUGUUUCAGAAAGCCAACAGAAGAGAAAAAAGGCACCUCCUCCUCCUCCUUUUAUUUUCAGGCAGAAUUCUGACAUCUCUCCACCUCCUGUUCCUCAAACUUCAAAUGGCCACUCUACUGAAGCGCCAACCCCAGUCCACCGCACCAAUGUGACAAAAUCCAAUGUCACAGUGGAACUCCGAACGGUAGAACCCGCUCCGCUCAGUCAAGCACUGGAGCCCCCAUUCGUGAGCGCUGCCACGCCAACUCCAAGUUCUCCGUCCCCGAGCAGCGACAGCAGCAGCAACGACAGCCUGACUAUGCAGGAGUCCAGCUCCGAGCUCUGUCACAGCCUUGACGACUCCGACGCCGACCUGGACCGAACUGGUUCCCGCUGCAGCAGCAGUGCCACAUCCAACAAUUCUGCGCAGCUCCAUCCAACCACCCAAAGCUCCAGCAGCAAAACGGCUGAAUCGUCUAGCAGUGCAUCUGUUGUCACGAGCAAAGAGGUGAAUUCAGACAGCGGCUCCAAGUCGGACACCGAGUCAGCGCUGAACCUAAAACUGGAGGAGGUGGAGAACAACAGACAUAGCGCCGUUGAAGAUGCAGAUCUACCAGUUCCACCCAAACCUCCUCGUUCCUCCAGCACUGAGCCACCACAGCAUGUCCCACACCUAACCAUAUCUGUUCCCCACACCUACUCUCAUGUCAUCGUUUCUGACAGUGAAACGGUGAUGAGUGUAGAGGCAGGAUCUCACCCAUCUUGGAUUUGCUCCAUGGAUACUUCUACAGUGAGUUGCCAGAGACCAGAAACAGAAGUCGAGACUCUGUCCUUGGCGAGCAGCAAUGGCAGCAGCAGCUUGCCCGACCAGGGUUAUGCAGCCUCUGAAGGAAUGGCAGAGGUUGAGGAUCCAAGCGCCAUCAGUUUUUCACCUGACCAGCAAUCCUCCUCAAUAAAUGUGAGUCUGUCGCUGGAGGGAGGUGGUGGAGACAAAGGAGAGAAACUGCAGCGAUUGGUUCAGCAGAAAAACAGGAACAAUUCAAGUGACAGUGAUGAGGGAUGUGCCACAUGGGGAUCAACGCACAGGCACGGUGUCUCUACAACUUGUGGGCAAUCAGUCCACACUUUUGAAGAUGAUCCAGAGCUGAAAUCCCAGCUUCAUCAGACAUUGGCUGAUUUUGAAGCAACCCUAGCAGACCACAUGAACAUUAAUUCAGCAAAAGACUCCCAUUAUACCAUGUCCACCAACAGUAAUGAGGUGCCUGUGUCUGUGGUAGACAUAGAUGUGCCAGUCACAGCCAUAGAUGACGUACUGCAGGACUACGAACAUGAUAUAGUGAAACAUGAGCUGACAUCUUUUGAGGGAACCAACAGAUCUGGCAAAGAAGGUUCAGACAUUCAUCACAAAUCAGAAAUGGAGACACAGAACAAAAACAACAAUGCUUGUACAACUGCUGUUAGUCCCAAAAGAAGUGACUCUAAGCCUUCUGACAAGCAUUUACACGAUAAAAAGGAAGAACGCAAAAAGACAGUUGGUAAAGAGAGGACUAUUGACGAUACCAUCAGCAAGAGGGAAGAUAAACAGAAGAUACCAGUUAAAUCUAGCACUGAUAGUAAGAAGACUGAGGUCAACCCUGAUUAUUUUCAAAAUAACUCACAGAAAAAACUGGAUUUGCAACCUAAACUUCCCAGAUCACUUUCUCCUGUAAAAGGUGAAGAGAAGCACAGAGUUUCCCAAAGCCAUUCUGCUUUGAGCAGUUCCCAGGGUAAAAUCACUCCCAAUGUCACAUCGCGCUUUGGUUUGAAAACAUUCACCGUAGUCCCUCCCAAGCCCUCUGUAACACAUGCUGCUACUACAGAAUCUGCUGCCACAUUAACCAUUGGUGCCAUUAAGAUUGAUGAUCUAGGAAAUAUGGUGACAGCAGGCAUCUCCAGGGCUAGAGUUAGCAGGUCACCAGAGCCAGAGAGUAGGGAGGUUUCCCCACUUCUUGGCCAAGCCAAAGCAUUUUGGAGCUCAAACGAAAGGCAGAAAAAUUCUGUGACUCAAAGGAAAGCUUUAAUUGAUAAAGUUAAGGAGAACGCCGAUGACUUUAUUAGUGCCACCGCCACUAAAGUAAGUUUAGAAGUGAGCGACACAGUGGACAAGAAAACAACACAAAGUACAGGUUUAAAAGCUACAGACACAGCCCAACAUAAAGUUCUGUUUGAAGCUAAAGAAGUUGUGACAGAUGUUGGAGCUCCAAAUACUGAGCGGACAGAAGCGGAGAGCAAUGUUUCUCUUUUCAAAGACACGCAGAAGCCAACUAAUAACCCUUCCCCUCCCCCUCUGGUACUCCCAGACUUGAAAAGAGACCUGUCCUUUCUCAAACCAUCCAGGCGGACCAGCAGCCAAUAUGUGGCAUCUGCGAUUUCUAAAUACGCCCCGAAGACUGCAGCUAAGCCGAGCAGCAGCUCUUCUUUUCCUCUGAAAACCGAGACGACUGAUGGCUUUUAUAGAUCAGGUCAGUCCAUACAAGUGAAUGCAUUCCAGUCAGAUAAUAAGGAGAAUGUCAACACUUCUAGAGCCAGCUCUCCUGGUCCCAGAAGCUCUACGAGCUGUCCGGAAGAUCUGUCAAAGUUUCGUAAAGGAAAAUUGGAAAAAGAAAGAUUUGAAAAAUAUUCAGGAUCGAGCAAAGAAUGCUCUGAUUCACUGAAUAUUGGGACUGCCAAGAGUAAUUUCACUCAGUCCAGUGGAUCCACCCAAACAAGACAAAAUGUCAACAAUAGUGGAAAUUAUGUCAAAGAAAUUCGGUCCAGAAGCCCCAGCCCGGGAAGUAGCAAUUAUCUGCUCCCUUCCUCCAAAAUACCCACAGCUCCAAAUCCUGCAGCCCCAGACCAGAUAAGUAGCUUGAAGGAGAAUGCUCAGCUGCCGCCCUCAGUCACUGUAUCAGAUUGUGGAGAAACCACUGGGCCUCCAGCAAUCACAGUGUUUGGGCCCGUUAAAAGGUUCAGACCAGUAAUCCACAAAUCUGUUGAGAAAGAGACAUCGCUGCAUAGCAGCUUGAUGGAGGCGAUCCAGACAGGUGGAGGCAAAGACCGACUUAAGAAGAUAUCUUCUGAAGCCAGCAACCUGAAUAAAGGGACUUAUACUGAAGAAGGGAAUGAAAAGUCAGCUCUCCUGGCUGCUAUUAGAGACCACAGCAACAGCAGCAGGUUGAGGAAGACCAAAUCCGGGGCUGCCAGUGAGCUUGAGCAGAUCAGGAGAUCAACGGCUGCAGAGGAAAAAAGCCUAGCCUCUUCUGCUUCUUCUUCAUGUGUGCCGACCCCGCCACCUCCACCGAUGCCGGCUGUACCCCCACCUCCGCCCCCUGUCCUGCUCCAGAGAAAGCCCAGCUCUGUGGCACAUGCUGGUACCCCCAUGGACCCCGCCAUGGCCAGAGAGGCUAUGCUGGAGGCCAUUCGCUCCGGAUCUGCUGCGGGGAAACUAAAAAAAGUCGCCGUGCCCACAAAGACGUUCAACGUAAACGCCAGGCUGGGAACCAUUCAAGCAGCUAACACUCGAUAACUCCUGCUGAUCUCAGCUGAGGAAUUCUUUGAGUGGGCACCUUCUGCCGCGCA